CCAUCCUCUUUCCUUUCUUUCCUCUCUUUGAAUCCCUGGUGAAAGAAAAAUAAUCAUCCUGAAAACACUUUCAGCUUCCUCUCCUUUCUUCAAAAAUUUUUGUCUUUGUAUUUACUCUUUUGCUUUGUUUUUCCUUUUGUUUAACUCCAGUUCUUCAGGCUAUCUAAGCCCUUACAAGAAAAAAGAUCAUUAUCUCCAUUAGUUUAAUCCCAAAAGACCAUAUGGAUUCUCUUCAGGAUUUAGAAGCCUCAAAGACAAACCCUUCCACUACUUUAACCCCAAAUUUCCCUGCAAACCUUUCCAUUACCACCGUUGCUACCACCACCAACACAAACCCUUUAGCCACGAAUUCCUCCUCCUCCCCAUCCUCUUCUUCCUCCACUGCUCCUUCCACUCUCAGCCGCUAUGAAAACCAAAAGCGCCGUGACUGGAACACUUUUGGUCAAUACAUUCGCAACCACCGCCCUCCUCUCUCCCUCUCUCGCUGCAGCGGAGCCCACGUCCUGGAAUUCCUCCGCUACCUUGACCAGUUUGGGAAAACCAAAGUCCACACUCCACUUUGUCCUUUCUUUGGUCACCCUAACCCUCCAGCUCCAUGCCCCUGUCCUCUCCGCCAAGCUUGGGGAAGCCUUGAUGCACUCAUCGGACGCCUCCGAGCUGCCUUUGAGGAACACGGAGGCAAGCCUGAAGUAAACCCUUUUGGGGCUAGAGCUGUUAGGCUUUACCUACGUGAGGUUCGUGAUUCGCAGGCUAAAGCCAGGGGCGUAAGUUAUGAGAAGAAGAAAAGAAAGCGACCCCCUCAAGCUCCACCUCUUCCUCCUCCAAAUGUCAACCAAAAUCAGUAAAAAGUAAAAAAAAAAACAAAAAAAGUAAAGACGUGAUCAAACGAGCUGCAUGCAUGGGAAAAGAACAUGGUUUCACCAAUGUUUCUUCUUCAGUUUUAUCCUAUCUUAAUUAUUAGUAUAUAAUCUGCAACAU